UUUUAAAUUUUUUUGUAAAUUCAAGAUUCUCUUUAAUUUCCUGCCUAAAGCCUCCUCAACCAUAAGGCCGCAUCUCCUGUAAUAAAAUGAAUUCUGAUUCGAGCUCUGUCUCCAGCAGAGCGUCAUCUCCGGACAUGGAUGAGAUGUACCUAAGAGACCACCACCACCGCCACCACCACCACCACCAUCAGGAGAGCCGUUUGAACUCGGUCUCCUCCACACAGGGCGAUAUGGUCCAGAAGAUGCCAGGGGAAAGCCUCUCGCGGGCAGGCGCCAAGGCUGCGGGAGAAAGCAGCAAGUACAAAAUCAAGAAGCAACUGUCGGAGCAGGAUCUUCAACAGUUGCGGCUGAAGAUCAACGGACGCGAACGCAAGAGGAUGCACGACCUGAACCUCGCCAUGGAUGGUCUGCGCGAGGUCAUGCCCUACGCUCACGGGCCCUCGGUGCGCAAACUCUCCAAGAUCGCUACUCUGCUUCUGGCCAGAAACUACAUCCUCAUGCUCACCAGCUCCCUGGAGGAGAUGAAGAGGUUGGUUGGAGAGAUCUACGGAGGACACCACUCGGCCUUCCACUGUGGGACUGUGGGGCAUUCGGCCAGCCACCCGGCACACGCAGCCAACGCUCUGCACCCCGUGCACCCUAUCCUGGGCGGCGCGCUCUCCUCUGGCAAUGCCUCGUCCCCGCUGUCCGCAGCCUCCCUGCCGACCAUUGGCACCAUCCGACCUCCCCACUCACUGCUCAAGGCGCCCUCCACGCCGCCCGCGCUACAACUGGGCAGCGGCUUCCAGCACUGGGCGGGGCUGCCCUGUCCCUGCACCAUCUGCCAGAUGCCACCACCGCCGCACCUGUCCGCUCUCUCCACCGCCAACAUGGCCCGGCUUUCGGCUGAAUCGAAGGACUUGCUCAAGUGAGCCACGGGCUGGCCCGGCCGGGAGGAGGAAGGGAGAGCUGAGGCAGGGGUCGUCGCAGUGCCGGGCCAGGAGGGAAGGGGAGACUGCUCGGCCUGCGGGAGGGUGGGCGCGCGGCCCCAGGCCUUGCCAGCGCCCUACAGAUCCAGAUUCCAGUUGACCCACCCCAGCGGGGCGUGCCAAAAACAAACUGGAAUACCUAGGUGUUAGCGAAGGGGACUGGAACCCGAAGUCCUGUUUGCAUGCAUGCUUCUUUCCCUCACGCAGCGCCAGUAUUUCCCACUGCCGUAUGCUCUUGUCAAAACUGCAUUUGUUGUUUAAAGAUGGGAUCGGUGGAGUUAAAAACUUGCAAAGGAACUUUGGAAUUGGCUCUUUCUGGCUGUGUUCGUAUCUUGGAGGAAAGACGGCUAUCCAUUUUGUGCAAAGCAAAUGUAAAUAUUUCAUCCAGCUAGAUACAGUUAUGAGUGUCUCUGCCCUUAUAGAUUUUUCGGAGACAAUGGAGAGAGAGAGAGAGAGAGAGAGAGAGAGAGAGAGAGAGAGAGAGAGAGAGAGAUUCAGAAUCCAAGUUUUUAAUCUCAGCCCAGGGCAUGAACCUCUUAUGUGGGUUUUCCUUUCCACGCAAAUAUAGGUCAAAAGAAUGCAUGCACGCUUCUAAAUGAAUCUUGUCUAAACAUGUUGUGCGGGCUAUAGUGGCAUUUUCCUUGUAACAAGGAUUUAUUAGUGAAUUCUCCAAAGUACUCCAUAUAUCUGUCUGUGGUUGUAUAAAAUGAAAAGGGGGCCAGAGUGCAAAGAUUCACACUCAAUGAACAUGGUGAUUCUUUCCCCAGCCCAUGUCUGUCCCUGCCCCUCAAAUCUCAUUCCAACUUUAGGGCUGUUCCAAGGGGCCCCCACUACAAAACUGGGCCUCCUUUAGAAGUUCAUCCUACCCCCUUGCCAAAUUAUACUGCAUGCAGGGUUGGCUCUGUGGGGUUGGCUCUGUCGGUUACCCCUCAGCUUUGAAAACAUACUGGGUUUUGGGGGAGGGGGCUGCCACUUUUAUUUUCCUGAACAUUUGCUUGAAUAUUUUGUUAGGGCCUCAAAGACAAGACCUGUCUUUAUUUUUUAUAUAUUCUUGAUAAGUAUGAUAUAUUUAUUAAUAACCAGUGUUUCUGGACGAGAUUUCAAAUAAAAGAGAACCUU